GUAAAAUUAAGAUUUAAGAGAGAGUAAUAACAAACAAACAAGUAAUGAUUGAGCUGGUAUUUGUUAGAACGAUAUGAACCGUCAACAACAGUAACACCAAAGGUCAAAACUCGUGAACCUCUCUGUGAUUAUUUCAUUAGAGAAUAGGCAUGUCAAGAGCUCGUGUCUACGCAGAAGUCAACGUUCACCGUCCGAGAGAUUACUGGGAUUACGAGUCUCUCGCCGUUCAAUGGGGUGAUCAAGAUGACUAUGAGGUUGUUCGAAAAGUUGGAAGGGGAAAAUACAGCGAGGUUUUUGAAGGUAUAAAUGUCACCAACAAUGAAAAAUGCGUUAUUAAGAUCCUCAAACCCGUCAAGAAAAAGAAGAUAAAAAGGGAGAUAAAAAUACUGCAAAAUCUUUGUGGAGGUCCAAAUAUUGUGAAGCUGCUUGACAUUGUCCGAGAUCAGCACUCAAAGACUCCUAGUUUGAUUUUUGAAUAUGUGAACUAUCCCGUGAAUAGUACAGAUUUUAAAAUUCUGUACCCCACAUUGGCAGCUAACGACAUUCGCUACUAUAUAUACGAGCUUCUCAAGGCACUAGAUUACUGCCAUUCUCAAGGCAUAAUGCAUAGAGAUGUCAAGCCACACAAUGUGAUGAUUGACCAUGAGCAACGAAAGCUUCGCUUGAUUGAUUGGGGUCUUGCAGAAUUCUACCAUCCUGGCAAAGAAUACAAUGUUCGAGUAGCUUCAAGGUACUUUAAGGGGCCUGAGCUUCUUGUUGAUUUGCAAGACUAUGAUUAUUCAUUGGAUAUGUGGAGCCUCGGCUGUAUGUUUGCAGGAAUGAUUUUUCGGAAGGAACCAUUCUUUUAUGGUCAUGACAAUCAUGAUCAACUUGUCAAAAUUGCAAAGGUUCUUGGAACUGAUGAAUUAAAUGCAUAUUUGAACAAAUAUCAUUUAGAGCUUGAUCCUCAGCUUGAAGCUAUAGUUGGAAGGCACAGCAGGAAGCCAUGGUCCAGAUUUAUGAAUGCUGAUAAUCAGCAUCUAGUUUCCCCAGAGGCCAUCGAUUUUCUAGACAAGCUUCUUCGCUAUGAUCACCAGGACAGGCUUACAGCCAGGGAGGCAAUGGCUCAUCCUUACUUCUACCAAGUGAGAAAUGCAGAAAAUAACAGAAUGCGCAGUUAGUAACUCGUCUUCUUUGACAGUCCCAACUUGGACCUCCUUUGGGUGAAUGUGGUAUAUGUCUCCUCCCUACUUGAUCAGUCAUAGUUUACUCUAUUGCUAGCAUUCGUUAUUUUUUCUUGUCUUCUGGCAUGUUCCAAUUCUCCAUCUUUCUGGAGGCACGUUGUACUCUAAAACUCAUAAUUCUGCUUUUUCUUUUUUUAGUUUACCAGUUAUAACAUCAUUUAUCUGUGCUGUAAAUGUCCUAUUGGAUUACCAUUUCUGUCCGUAUGUUAAGCUGGUCUAAAUGUAAGUCUCCUCAGGGUUAAAAAGUGCAGUUCGACCAUAUGCAAUGGUUUUUUUUUUUUUUUUUGUUGUCUCCUAGAUAUAUGAGGUAUUCAAACCCACAUUUGAGCCUAUCUAAUUCUCAGAGCACAGACAUGUGCGCAAUAACUUUUUAAUGCUGAGUGAAAAUUAUCCAUCUGCUUGCAAGA